ACAAAACCAACCAGUCUUCCCUUGAAAACAAAGUAAGGAGGUUGUUGAAGGGAAUUCUUGAUCUUGAGCGUUGAAAUAGAUAAGGGCUACUAGUCGAGAAGCUAUCCUUGUCAAUAAUGAGCUAUUAUGGUAGCUACAGAGAAUGGAGAGAACUCGAGAGCGAUCCCGGAUUGUUUACUUUGCUUGUUCAAGACUUUGGUGUGAAGGGUGUUGAGGUGGAGGAAAUUUAUGACUUGAGUAAACCAAUUGAAGGACAUGUAUAUGGAUUGAUUUUCCUAUUCAAAUGGACAGAAGAAAGAAGAUCAAGAAGGAAGAACCCAACAAGAGAGUCAUUCAUCGAGAAUGAUGAAAUUGUCAAUAACAUGUUUUUCGCUCAACAAAUCAUUCCAAAUUCUUGUGCAUCACAUGCCCUGUUGAGUGUGCUACUGAAUAGCAAAGAUGCUGACCUUGGUGGAGCAUUGGAGCGUUUGCAGGUCAAUUGUAGAGGAUUUGAUCCUGAAACCAAAGGCUUUGCCAUUGGCAAUAUAAUGGAGAUAGCUACAGCACAUAAUAAACAUGCCAGAUCAGAAUUGAAACUGCAAAUAGACAAAUCCAAGAACCUCGCUUCGGCUAGCCGUGCAAUGGAGGCUUUCCACUUUGUCAGUUUCAUUGCAUACGAAGACAGACUUAUUGAGCUCGAUGGCCUAAAACCGUACCCAAUUGACCAUGGCCCUUGGGAUAAAGACGAGACAUGGUCUGACAAAGCAAGAAAAGUCAUCCAGGAGAAGAUAUGGCUUGCUAUUGCUGGAGACACUUCACAUGAUAUUCGCUACAACCUGAUGGCUGUUGUCGCAGAUCGCCAGUGGGAAUACGAAAAGAAGCUUGAUAUUAUGACUCAUAACAGGAACAACUUGAUCAAUGUAUUCAAAAAGAUGGCCGCCAACAUGACGCUUACACCAGAGCCACCGAAAUCGGGCAUAUUAAAGCAGAACGCACCCGAGGGAGAGGUCCUUGGAAUACCCGAAGAACUGAUGCCCAACAGGAGUCCAAGCAAGAAGGUUACGUUUGCGUCGCAGCAUGUUUCGGCCCCGAAGAGCACAGAUUCGUCCACAGUAUCAGGGAAUGAAUCUCCUUCGCAUCCUUUUUCGGACAACGAGAGCGAUGUCGAGUCAUAUCGCCUCAAGUCGCUACUGAGAGGCGAGAUGAAAGGCCCUGUUAUCGUUUAUGGCAGCGGAGAUACCGAAGUAACCACAAAAAGCAUCGCCGAGAGCAUUGGGCUAAAAUCGGGGGACUCGACGCGAACCGAAUUUUUAGACAACAAAAACCAAGACAACAUAGGCAAAAGCGAAUUUGGCAAUUCACAAAUCCCAAUGUCAAGUAAUUCGGAAAGUUGUACGAUGGUUUCUGAAGAAUUUGCGAAAUGCAUUGUCACUUCUGUACAGUCACAGUCAAAUGAAAUUCCAAUUUCAGUUAAGAUUAAACAAGAAAAUUUGGAUGAUGAAGGUAUUAACAUGAAUCAGAGAAAUGAUGACGAAAGCGUCGCAAAAACCCAAAGCUUUGAAACCCCUAUGAAAACAUCUGGUGACAGCCUAUCGGCAGAUGCCAUUGCAGAUUCGAUGAAGAAACGAAAAUUGGCUGACAGCGAGAUUACAAACGACUUUACGUUAAAAGAUUUUCAAACAACAAUGCAAGACUUGGAGGUAGAUUUGAGAAAAUCGCAAACUGCUUAUAAAGACCAAAAGGACAAGCAUGAAAAACACAAGGUUGAUGAUUGUCGUCGUCGUCAUAACUACGACCCUUUCAUAUCAACAUUUCUCACAAUGUUAGCUGAGCGUGGACUUCUGUCUAAACUUCUAGAGCAAGAAAACUCCCUCGUGAAACGAGUAACAAUUUCUUCAUCGCAUAACGCAAACAAAUCGCUUGAUAAGAAAAAUGCAAAGAGGAAGCGGAAGAGAUGAGUGUAGAGAUAGAUGUGUAAAUUGUGUUGAUAUUAUACUCAAAUUAUUUUAAUUUUUCAAAUAUGUCUUAAUAAGUGUUUGUCAAUGUUUUAACUGUGAUCUUUA